GACGAGGUUGCGAACGUGCUCGUCGCACAGCUGCUCUACCUCGCGAAUGAUGACCCUACAAAAGAUAUCACCCUGUACAUCAACUCGCCGGGCGGGUCUGUGAGCGCGGGAAUGGCCAUCUACGACACGAUGCAGUUUGUACCAUGCGAUGUCAGCACCGUUUGCUUUGGC